AUGUACUGUUUUGAGAAAGAGGGAACGACCCUUUGUCUGCAUAUCAUUACUCCAUUUCCAAAAAUAACGCAAAUCUUGGCACCAUUUUCAUUCCUGCUUGCGUUUCUUACCGGCCUGGUGGUGCCGUCACUGUCGAUGUACUCUCCGCUCGAAUCUCCAACUAUAUUUCCCAUCAAGUAUCGAUGGGAAGCAUUAAAAGGAGAGCGAAUCGUUUAUUGUUCCCCGUCUCAGUAA